AAUGUUGACACAGGAGAACCAAUUCUUACCAAGACAAGAGCCAACAAUUAUUCCCUUGGAUCACCAUACCCUAUACUGGUAAGACUAUUAUUAAUACUUUUCCGUUUCAGGUAAAAUUGUGUCACAAUGGCGCGUUUCAUCGCACAGACCUCCACUCAAUGGCCCUUUCGCAAUACUUAAGUUGCAAUUGUCACGCCGCCCCUCGAAGGGAACGUUCCGAGGUUCACGGCCAAAACCGUGUGGUCCUUCGAACAAAGUUAACAACCUACCAACUAUUUUAAUGUCAGUGGGCCACCACGGCAGAGCCAUUACGAGGCAACAAUUAAUGUCGGUGGCUUCAAACCCACACCACACAUAGCCAACACAUUCCAUAGCAAAUAAUCGCCAAGUUCAAAACGAAAUCCUUCUUAUUCGCGGUGCUUUCUGUAUACAUAUAUCCUGGAUUUUGUUGGUUGCAACUGUUACAUGGCACUGCAUCCCUUCCAAUAAACGCAAACUAUCCUUCUUUAUCAUGCCGAAAACGCAUGUUGCGUUGUUGCUGUUCUUCUUUGCUGGCAGUUGCUGGAAUCUAACAAUAUUUGCUGCUGCCGUGGAUGUCACACCAAACGAAACGGCCACAAGAGCAACGGGAGAAGCAACCACAUCACGGUCUUCGCCUUCGCCUUUCAAUCUCCGGAGUGGAGAGAAGACGAAGCAAGAACAGCAGCAGCAGCAGCAGCAACAGCAAAUACAAGCGGCAACACGAAUCCUGCAGGUACGAGCCAAUGAAGGAAAAGAGGAACGCGACGCGGCAGACCCAUUCCUCGAAUGCACGCUGUACCUCCUCGAUACGGAAUACAUGGAAGGAGAGACGAUUCACUCGAAAGACCAGUGGUGCUGCGAGUUCGACGAGGCCUUUGCCAGGGACCGGCUGGGAGUCGCCGAUCCCUUUUACCGGCUCGAGGGGCUCUCCGAGGAGGACCUCCUGCGCUCGGUGGCACCAGACCCGGGCGAGGGGGCAGCAAAAUCUCCCUCCCUCGAGAGCGGGGCGUUCCUCCUUCGAUUCCGGACCGGGAGGAUCGAUCGCAAGGCGGGCACACUGGAGGUCGCACCGUCUUCCAUCACGGGGCUCGCGGCCAGGGACGUCGCCACGGCCGGGCACCGGGGGCUGUCGACGUCUCCUUCGGCAGCGGGCCACCGGCGCACCCUGGUGGUCCGGAUCACGUCGCACGACGGAAGCCUCCAGCCGAUGGUUUCUUCCAUGGAUAUCCGCCGCGCCGUCUUUGGGCAAGAGGAGGCCAGUGAAAUCAACCUUGGUAGCCCGGACCACGACGCCGACGAACAAGGCACCCCCGUGCUCUCGACCCGGAUCCAGUUCGAGCGGUGCUCCUACCGCCAAAUGACCCUGGAGCCCUUCGACGGGACGACGCUGGGAGAUUUUCGGUACGGGAUUCGACCGAUGGAGAUCGCGAACGGUGUAGUCGACCUGGCCCUCACGGAGGAGCAAUCUCUGGAGCUCGCAGACACCGACCCGGAUACGGGCUACAGCACCAUCAAACCCAACAUCAUCAUGCGGUACUCCCGCGAGGUCGCUGCCGCCAAGCUGGGGAACCUCCGGCAGCAGUUCGACCACGUCCUGUACUGCCUCCCGGAGACCGUGACCGGCUUUCUAGCCACGGCGAUUAUCAACCGGUACAACUCCUGGUACACAGGCGAUCUGUGUACCAGCCUGCCAGUCACGAUGCACGAGAUCKGGCACAACCUGGGCCUGGAGCACGCCGGGUUCAAGGAAAUCUACGACGACACGACGGGGUACAUGGGCUACAGCUCCUUCGAGGACACCGUCAAGUGCUUCAACCCCGCCAAUAGCUACAAGCUUGGGUGGUACGACAAGCAAACCGUCUCCGUCGAUCCCAUCCGCCUUUCGGAUGGCUACCACCGCUUCCUGCUCCGCGGGAUCGUGGACUACGAACCGGGGGAACCGAUCGAGCCAGAAAAGGCCGGAACCAGCAGCAACACCGACUACGGCAUCGGGGAGGCGCCCGUCACCAUCCCCGGGAGCGGAGACCGCGACGGGCGCGAGGAUUCGCCGGUGGUGGUCCUGCGGCUGCAAACCAAAGGAGCCCAGGGGGACUACUACGUGGGGUACAACCGCAGGGUGGGGAUGAACGAAGGAACCGAAGGGUGGCCCGACGCCGUCCUGGUGGUGCAGAAACUCGGGAGCGCCAUGGGGGCGGCCCAGACGAAGCUAAAGGCCGCACUGCGGUCGCCGGGGGACGCCUACGCCAUCCAGGGGCACAACGGCAAGGCCGGCCGUCCGCUGUACAUUCGGUGGGAGUCCCUGUCGGCGGACGGGAGAGACGCGGUCGUCGUGCUUUCCACCACCGAAACCAGGGCGCCCUCGGUGGCCCCGACGGCUCUGCCCGGCCCGGGUGGCGACGACGAGAGCUUUCGCUACAAGUGGGAUCCCUCUCUGGACUGCGGCUGGGUGGCCAGAAACCCGGACAAGCGUUGCUCCUACCGGUGGAAGGGAAAGGCUGUCUCCGGUCACUGGUGCCCGGCGGCCUGCUCCGGGGUCGCCACCGGCCCCGGUUCCUCGGGCCACUGCAGGAAGGGGGGGGACGAUCCCUCCUUUUCCUUCAAUGGGUUCGGGAAGGCCGUCGUCAAGGACUGCGAAUGGGUCCGGGCCAAGCCCAAGAAACGGUGCUCCAAGCAAUACACCAAGAACAAGAACAAGAACAAAAUCCAGACGGCCUUCAAGUAUUGUCCUGACUCGUGCCGUCUUUGCUAACAGCGACAGAAGAAGGGAAGACGCUACGCCACGCCAUGCCACGCCACAAGACAAGACAAGACAAGACAAGACAAGGACGCAAAUCACAACAGGUGCAUGACACAUGUCGUCAUACAUAGAUUUCAAAUAUAGACUAUAGAGGUAC